AAGCAGUGAUUUGUAACGUGUAGUGAGCAGGAGGCAGAUUUUGCUUGUCAUCGCUGAAGUCAACACGCAAACGGUUAUCAAGGACGGAGGAGUAUUAAAAUCAAUUUGGUCGCCAUCCUGCUGGUCAGACCUGCUGUGACAGCUUAGCUGAAUUUGACGAUCUUACCAAAACCAAAAUGUGGGACUGGAUUUUGCUCACAGUAGUCGGAUUGGUGACGAUCGUCUACUGGUACCUGAGACGACAUCACAAUCAUUGGGAGUCCGUGGGAGUCUACACUCCACCUGGUGUCCUGCCAGGAGCUGGUCAUUUGAAAGAAGCAGCCUUAUUCAAGAAAAGUGCCGGUUGGAUUUUGUGCGAGAUGUACCAUCAAAACAAGAGUCACCCUGCUGUCGGUGUUUAUAUUUUUCGCAAACCCGCCUUGAUGAUACAAGACCUGGACCUGAUCAAAGAUGUGCUUAUCAGAGAGUUCUCAAGUUUCCAUGACAACUCAUUCCAUUUAGACGAAAAACUGAACCCCUAUGUCAAAAAAAACCUCUUCAUGGAAAAAGGUCAAAGUUGGAAAACCUCUCGUCAGCUGGUGGCCCCGGUGUUCAGCAACGCCAGAAUAAAGACCACUUUUCCUCUAAUCCAGAGAGUAUGUAAAGAGUUCAACGAAUACAUGGAGAAACAUCUUGAUGAGGAUAUUAACAUUCAUAAAGCGAUAAGCAUGUUUACGUCAGAGAUCAUAGCCAAAUGUGUGUUCGGUCUAGAUGGCAACGUAUUCUACGAUCCAAACGCAGAAUUCUACCAACAAGGCCAAAAACUUUGGGCGGGCUCAUUUUACAAUCCUGUGAUAAUGUUUGUGGCAUUCUUUCUCCCCUUUGUCAACAAAUUGCUUGGAAGAGGACUGUUCCCGAAUGAUGUAUUAGACUUUUUUGCCAACACAAUCAAGCAAACGGCAGAGUACAGGAAGAAAAAUCCUGAUAAAGUGCCAGAUGAUUUUAUUCAAUAUUUUCUAAACAUGAAAAACGAGAAUGCUGGAUUCACCAUCGAAGAUGUGAUUGCCCAUAGCUUAACGUUCUUCACCGAUGGAUCUGAAACCUCAUCGGUGGUAGCCAACUUUCUUAUAUAUGAGUUGACAGUGAACCCAGACAUCCAGGAGGCUGUGAGAGAAGAGGUUCUGGCCAUGGAGUCCUUCAGCUUUGAGUCCAUUUCUUCACUAUCUCUACUUGAUCGCGUUAUCCAAGAAACUUUGCGCAAGUACGGACUUUUCAUUAUGAGCAAAGAAUGCACCAAGGACUGCGUACUAAAAGCCGGUGGUCGAUCAUUUCCAGUCCGCAAAGGGCAAGAAGUGAUAAUACCAGUGUAUGGAAUCCAGAGAGACCCUGACAUUUACCCCGAUCCUGACAAGUUCGAUCCUGACAGAUUUCUGCCAGAAAAUGUCAAGAAUAGGCACCCCAUGACCUAUCUGUCUUUUGGAGGCGGCCCCCGCUUGUGUAUUGGUAAAUAGUUACUUGAAUGUCUG